GGUUUCUAGAUAAAUAAUGACCAAAGCCUACCUAAAACCUCAGGGCUCCCUCAGGAAGCUCAUUUUUCCUAUUUUACUCCUUCACUUCCAUCUUCCCCUUAACAAACUGACCCUGGGGUCCCUGGAACGGGAGCCAGAUUAUGUUGCUUCCCCAAUCCCAAAAGUUCUUUGAAAGAAGCCAAUUUCCAGCCAGAGAAAUGUUGAUUCUAUAAAUACAGCCCUGCUCCCUCGCAUUUCCCCUUCCAAGCAGACACCCUGCUAUAGAGACUUCCCUUUUCCAUCGGGCACUUUUCUCUCUCUCUCACGCUCCUCGGCUUGCACGCUGAAAUCCCUCGCAAGGGCGGCUCUGAAGGUGCAAUUGUUUAUUAGGACAAAGUGCACUCGCCUUAGAAUUGAACUCGACACAGAAAUCUGCCAUGGGACUUCCUGGGCAUUGUGUUACACGCUGACUCAGGCAGAAUCAUUUCAGCUGCUCAAGGGUUUUCUUUUUCACCAGUUUGACCAAAAUCUGAUGCUGGUGACACCAUGCUGGUAUCGGCAUUACCUUCUCUGCUUCUGCUGCUUCUCAACUUACUCCCGUGUGUGCGAACGACGCGCCCCCCUCGAGUGUACCUUUCAUACAGAGACCUCAUGGAAUCACGCUCUGCGCGCUCCUUUACUUUUGGGUUUAACACCAGCGACUACCGUAUUCUUCUCCUGGAUCAGGACCAGGACCGGAUGUACGUGGGGAGUCGCGACUACGUGCUGUCUCUCGACCUCGGAAACAUUAACCGGGAGCCCCUGAUUAUUCAUUGGCCGGCUCCACUGAACCGUCACAAGGAAUGUCUCAUGGCAGGAAGGGGACGUGCAGACGAGUGCUACAAUUACCUGCGUGUCAUUCAGCCACUGAACCGCACCCAUCUCUAUGCGUGUGGCACGGGAGCCUACCAGCCACAAUGUGCCGUUAUCUACAGGGGUUGGAGAUCUGAGGAUUAUAUGUUCCGGAUUGUCCCCAGCUCAUUGGAGUCAGGAAAGGGAAGGUGUCCUUAUGAUCCCAAGCAGGAAAACAUGGCGACCCUAAUAGACGGAGUGCUGUAUGCAGGCGUGCAGGUGGAUUACAUGGGGACGGACUCUGCUAUUUUCCGGACAAUGGGGCACAAACCUCCAAUACGCACGGAGCAGUACGACUCUCGCUGGCUGAACGACCCGUUAUUUGUGGGGUCACUGGUGGUCUCAGAGAGCAGCUUCAAAGAGGACGACAAACUGUACAUCUUAUUCCGGGAGAGAAGUCUGGAAGGGGAGAACGGGCCGGCCGUACUGUCUCGUAUCGCUCGCGUCUGCUUGAACGAUGAGGGGGGCCUGAGGUCUCUGGUGGGGAAGUGGACUUCUUAUCUCAAGGCCCGACUUGUGUGCUCUGUGAUUGGCCAGGACGGCGUGGAGACGUCAUUUGAUCAGCUCCGUGACGUCUUCAUUCAGCCAACGCACGACAAACAGAAUCCACUGAUCUAUGGAGUCUUCACUACCCUGGGUUCCGUGUUCCGGGGCUCCGCCGUCUGUGUGUACUCUCUGGCUGACGUCCGUGCUGCCUUCAAUGGGCCCUUCGCUCACAAGGAGGGACACGGGUACCAGAUGACUGCAUAUUCUGGGAAAACUCCUUACCCACGACCUGGAGCGUGUGCCGGGGGAUUCUCCGUCCCAAGGAAUCGCUCCAGCAGGAACUUUGGGGAGGAUGUUCUAAGAUUCGUACGUACUCACCCCCUGAUGUACAGCUCCGUGUACCCCGUCAACCGCAGACCCCUCCUCUUGCUUUCAGACGCCUCUUACACCUACACCAGCAUUGCUGUGGACAGGGUGCCUGCUGCUGAUGGGGAGUAUACCGUCCUGUUCCUGGGCACAGACCGUGGUACUGUUCAGAAAGUGAUGAUCCUGCCCCGGGGCACCAAGGAAACAGAAAGUAUCACUCUGGAGGAGGUGGAGGUGUUCAAGGUGCCGUCUCCUAUUAGAAACCUCAGGAUAUCAUCAAAGAGGCACCAGCUCUACGUCUCAUCAGAUGUUGGGGUCACCCAGCUGUCUCUUCAUCGCUGCAGCCGUUACGGAGAUUCCUGCGCUGACUGCUGCCUGGCCCGGGACCCAUAUUGUGCUUGGGAUGGAAAGGGCUGUGUGCGUUACACCCCUUCACCCAGCAGGAGGAGUCGGAGACAGGACGUUAAACAUGGAGACCCACUAAGGCAAUGCAGAGGAUACAAUACACAAGUGGACCGAGGAAUUUCAGAGCGACUGCAGAUCGGCGUGGAAGGCGGCAGCGUUUUCCUCCAGUGCGAUACUCACUCUCCACUCGAGAGCGUUACCUGGUUGCUGCAGAGAGAGGGCUCCCAGCAUCGGAGAGAGGUGCGACUGGCGGGCAUUGACGGGGGCGCAGUGCUGCGCUCAGUACAAGCCAGCGACGCAGGGGUCUAUACCUGCACAGGCACAGAGAAUGGUUUCCGGCGAUCACGUGGGAAAAUACGGCUGAAUGUUUUGCCUCGAGACUUGCUAGAAAAACUAACAGCAGCACCAACUCUUGCUCCAAUGCCAGCACAGUGCCUGCCGCCUCGGAGACCCAGACCAAGGGCAUCUCAGACAGAGCGUAACUGACAGUUUGGUGCCUGGCAAGCAAAACAGAGAGGACUGGUCAGUGGCCAUUCCAGGCCUCCCUCUCCUUCACUCAAGGGACUCCGUAGUACAGGAGAAUGUGGGUGAGGUGCCACCCAAGCUCACUAGCAGUCGGGCUGGCACAGAAGUGGUUCAAGCAGCAGCAGCGGCGCCACCAUGUGUUGAGGUGAUAGUAUUAGUAAGACAUUCCAGAGAACUGUGUGUAGAGAGGGAUGCCGUGUGCUCUGUUUCAUAUUAAUUUAUCAAAUGCGCUGGAUACCGGACUCUCCCACAAUCCCCCUCCACUUGUGCUUUGUGCCACGGGCAGGGGAUUCCUAUUCCAGCGAGAGGGACAGUGGAAGGAGCGACGGCUGCACCAUCCGCCCGGUUACUGAAUGAAUAAUUAGCACACGUGUAACUUUUUAACUCAUUCUAAUUAAGAAAUGAAGUCUAUUUUGUAUCCGU